AUGGAUAUUCCCUCGAAAGCCGCUGUCUGCCUUCUCUUUGCUGUUCAUCACAUGAUUGCGACUCAAGGGAUUGUCCGCGAGAUCACGACGCUGAUCGAAGAUGUGCGGAACCUUUAUCUGUCGCCGAGUAUAUUCAUUGUUUAUAAUCGACGACAUUAUGGUUUUGAACGAGAAAAGAUUCUGAUGGAAGCCGUCAGGACCAAGUCUCGACGAUACUCCAUGUCGCAAGCAAUUGGUUACGAUGAUCUCGCUAAAACGCCCACGUAUCGAGAGAACGCGUUGUACGCUCUUUUAAUCCACGACACGAAGAGUCUGCAGCUGGCAGUCGACGCGACCAAGAACAUCGACAUGUCGCUGCAUCCGUGGCUACUGUUGUCGAUGAAUAGCUCGGACUUGGACUGCAACAAUCCGGGCAGGAACUUUUUCAAGCUGAGGAUGGACGCCAAAAUGACGGCCAAGUGCGACGGCGACUCGGUCUUGAAGAAAUACUACGCCAUAUUCGACAAUCGAACCGAGGUCGUUGACGUAGCUCAGUGGACGUCGGGAAAACUGUCCAUGUUCGAGAAUUCGUCCCUCGAUUUGGUGACAAACAUGACGGGAGUAGUACUGAAACUCGCCAAGCGAAGCAACCCCAAGGACACGUUGAACGAAAACACCUCCAAGUUCGUGGCGCACGUCGUCAGGGACCUCGAGCACUACGGACAAUUUCGCGGUGAGGUGACUCGACAAGACAAGAGCAUGGGACGUUUCAACAGGAACACUAACAACUGGUCGGGACUGAUGAGAAUCAUGACGGACAAGCAGGCCGACAUCGGCAUGGUGUUAUUUAGUCUGUCGAAUUCGCGGAUGAACGUGGUCGACUUUGCGAUCCCGCUGGCGAGAGCGCGCUUCCACCUGUACGCCAAGCUCCCGGACAAGCAACAGAUUCGCUGGGACGCGUACUUUCAAACUUUCAACGCCAACACGUGGACGGCGAUCGGCUUGUCGGUCUUAGCCUUUUCCGCUCUGCUUUGCGCCAUGAACCUACACACGCUUACGCCGUCGUCCUUCUUCGAGCAGUUCACCAACGUCUGGGGUAUCUUCAGCCAGCAGGGCUUAGCAGAGGACCCGUCGAACGCGGCCUCCAAGAUACUCAGCUUCUCGAUACUCUACUCCUCGCUCAUCAUCCACGCCAUUUACUCGGCCUCUAUCACCAGCUACAUCACCCAGCUGACGGCCGACAUGCCGUUCUCCAGCUACGAGGAGUUCCUGCGCGACGUUAACUAUAAGAUCACCGUGCUGAAGGAGAGCAGAGACGAGGAUCUAUUCCUGGACAACACCGACAAGCAGCUGUCGCCGCUGCUGCCGCGCCUGAAACACCACUGCUUCCGGGCCCUCAGUCCUUACGAGGGCUUCAGUCAGGCCUGCGAGCCCAACACGGUCUUCUAUUCCGACGAGGUGACGUUCGACGGCAUCACCAAUCCACCGUGCAAGCUCGGCUCGGUCGACAUGAAGCGCACGGAGCACAUGUCCUUCGUACUGACGAAGAACAGCCCCUACACCAGAGCCAUCAGCCACUUCAUCUGCCGGCUGAGAGAGCACGGGAUACUCAUGCGUCUGAGGAACGAACACUUUUACAAGUUCACCGAGAUACCCGAAACGCAUCCCAACGUGAUCAGCUUCGAGGAAAUAUUGCCGAUCCUCUCGAUUCUGAUCGUCGGUGCCGUCGUUGCUUUGUUCAUCUGGCUACUGGAAAUCAUUGUGCAUUUGCUUGCUAUGAUUAUUAAGUGA